GUAUUUUAUUUUUAACACUGCAAGGUAAACGACUUGAAUUUACAGUCGUCAGUUUGUUAUACGUAUUGUAACUGCACAUGUUAUUUGUGUGCCGAUAACAUGGAUAAUUUGCUGUUAUCAUCUGAAAAGAAAAUAGAAAUUCUAAGUAAGCUUCGAUUAUUCUAAGGAUUUACAGCAUACCUGAGUGAUUACAGUGGCCCGGCCGCCCAUCAAUACCGAAUUAACAGGACUUUAACAAGGAGACAUAUUCAGUGUGCCAUAUGUAUCAUGCAGAUUAUUUAUGCAGACAGCUGGAUAAUUCGUCAGUGUAUUUUAUUUUUAACACUACAAGCAAUAUCGAAUUAACAAGACUUUAACAAGGAGACAUAUUCAGUGUGCCAUAUGUAUCAUGCAGAUUAUUUAUGCAGACAGCUGGAUAAUUCGUCAGUGUAUUUUAUAUUUAACACUACAAGUUGUGGGAAGCUCAUCCGUUUUUCUGAAUCAAGAAGAACUCAGUCAAGGAGUAUGUGAUGGUGAGAUGUUAAAUGCAAGCAUCCAUGUCACCUGUGAAUUCCGUGGAGCUAGAGCUAAAAUAAGAGGAGGAAACGAAAUAACACACUGUGAGAACAGAAUAUGUGUAAAGGGUGGACAAUUCAGCGGGAAAGACAACAUUCUCAAUGUUUUCUUCCCUAUGGAUUAUAAAUCACACAUCGACAAUGUUUUGGAAGUAAGCGUCACGUGUUCGAAUGGACGUGUCUUUGAAUAUGAUUUACACAUGGUACCAUGUCUAUCUCAAUUUAAUCACUCUGUCGGAUGCAACAGAACGCAUGUGCAGAUAACAUGUGAACACAACUCCUACAACUUAUCUAAACAUGGAAUGACGAUAAAAAACUUAACAACCAGAAACAUGUUGGUUACGUGCAGGAGGCAGGAAAAAUCACAAGAAUGUAUCCCGAAUGGUGCUCAGUUAAUUCUACCAUACGUGUAUGGGCAAGAGAUACAAUGUGAGAUGGAUGGACAAUUUUUGAACAUCAACAUUACAAGUAACCAAGUUAAUUGCACGGAUGACCAGACAAGCGGACAGUUAGGACAUUCUUACAAAGUGCUUCCAUUCGGAUGUUUUCUACUUCCCCUACUUGCACUUCUCCUUCCGCAAUGUAACUGUUAAAUAUAUUCCUUUAAGAAAUUUCUAUUGAUUUGUUAUGGACGUUUACGUCUACCUCAACAAUUCACAGGUUGGAGUGUCUGGUUCGAUAAGGGAUGCUCCCUCCUUCUUAGCCCCAGAUUCCUUCCCAGUAAUUUCCAGGGGUCCGUGAUUAUGCCCUCUCUGUACUGCUCAUAAUUUUUUUUCAAGAUCGAUAUGUGUUCAUGAAUGUCUUUACCUCUUACAUUAUUCCAAACAGAAUAUCAUUUUCCAACUAUUCCAACCAUUACAGAAAACAUAAACAUAACAAUGUAGGGCAACUUCACGACCUACCACGUUCACAAAAAAAUAAGAGAACAAUCGGUCUUUAAACAGUGCAUACAUGUGAUAUAAAGAGAAUAGUUAUAUAUAUUUUAUUAAGAACUUAAAAACUUGUUUAAUAACUUUGAAUAGGGUUUUAAUUUUACAUAUCUCUGCCUUUUUUUAAUCCUGUAUAGCUUUUUGUUGAAACUUUGUUUUUUAUUUAUGGAUAUUUCACUUGUUUUAGUAUAAAUGUGUUUCUUUAAAUGUUUGCGAUGGAAAAAAAAAUCAAAAGCUUUUUUCUUUAUUAUUUUGCCAUUUUUACUAUAUUGUUCAACUAUGUUCUUACCUUUUUAAGCUCACCUGAGCCGAAGGCUCAAGUGAGCUUUUCUGAUCACAUUUUGUCCGGCGUCCGUCUGUCCGUCUGUCUGUCUGUCCGUAAACUUUUCACAUUUUCGACUUCUUCUCAAGAACUGCUGGGCCAAUUUCAACCAAACUUACCACAAAGCAUCCUUGGGUGAAGGGGAUUCAAGUUUGUUCAAAUGAAGGGCCACGCCCUCAUUCAAGGGGAGAUAAUUGAGAAUUAAUGAAAAUUUGAUGGCAUGUUUUAAAAAUCUUCUUCCCAAGAACCACUGUGCCAGGAAAGAUGAAACUUAUGGGGAAUCAUCCUCAGGUAGUGUAGAUUCAAGUUUGUUCAAAUCAUGACCCCCAGGGGUAGAGCGGGGCCAAAAUGGCUGACCAAAGUUUUACAUAGAAAUAUAUAGGAAAAAUCUUUAAAAAUCUUCUUCUCAAGAAUGACCAAGCCAUAAUUCAU